CAAACUCACCACCCAGAUUCUCUCGCGAGCUUGCCAUAAAAAAAACCGCGUAGAAGAUAAUGGCGGGAGAGGCGGCACAAAAAUCUGGCAAGCAGAAAACGGUGUUGUUCAAUACUUUGCCUUGCGAAAGUCCGUUAAUAAGGGGAUGAAGGGGCCGCUUCUGUUGGAUGUGUAUAAAUCAUAAGUGUCCGGGGACUAGGAUUUUCCGGUAACUCAGUUCUAUCCUUGAUUUUCUUGCUGGAUAAAACGAAAACAGCAGUCUUUUGGAAUAGUUUGGAUCUGUAAGUUCAUAAAAAAGCAGCAGAGCAGAGGGCAAUGUCUUGUCUGGAUCGUCAGUUAAAGCAAGAUAAGGCAAUGGAAGUGAGUUGUAUGUCAGCCAUGGCGAAAGAAGAGCAGGUGCAGCAGCAGAGGCAAAAGAGGGGGCGCGGAAGACCCAAGAAGGAAUUAUCUGCAAAUCCCAUUCACAAUAAAUCCUCUCCUACUUCUUCACUGCAAGAAUGCAGGGGAGUGAAUGAGAGGAAGAGGAGACGGUACAGGGGAGUGAGAAAGAGGAGGACUGGAAAAUAUGGUGCGGAGAUUCGUGAGCCUGGGAAGGCGGGGUGGGUUUCGUUGGGGACAUUCGAUUCUGCAGAAGAAGCGGCCAGAGCCUUCGACAAAGCCGCAUGGCGGUUAAGAGGACGCCAAGCUGACCUAAAUUUUCCACAAGAAUGGCCCAAACCCAAACCCAAACCCAAACCCAAAUCUGACCUAAAUUCUCCACAACAAUGCCCGAACCCCAAAGCUGACCUAAAUUUUUCACAAGAAUGGCCGAAACCCAGCAACCCAAAUCCUCCUUCUCCCAUUAAUGUUAGUGAAUCGGCAUGCCUGUUAUCCGAUGUUUUCACAGAGUUCCCGGAUUUAUAUCAGUACUGGCAGCUAUUGCAAAAUCCAGGCUUAUCUGAGCAACUUUCUUCACUACCAAUCGUCCAACAGUGUGUGAAAACGUUGGAUCAGAAAGACUCAAAACAGGGUGUGAAAACAAAGAGUGAUUCAGCUUCAACACCCCCUGAACAGAAAGACAUGAAACAUCUGAAAGCUCAAAAGAUUUGUGGAUUUUCUUUUGGAGUACCAUCUUCGUAUGUGACCUUUCCAAAGAGAGAAGAAGAUGCCAAAUCUCUGCCAUGGACUGUAACAACGGAGCCUGGCUCAUCCAUGCCAUGGUAGUGAUUGCCAGUUUUUCUGUGAUUUUUCCAUUUUUGACUACCAGCAUUUUUUAAAAAGGCGGCUGGUUUUGUUCAUGGUGAUGGGACGAAAUACCACGUUGUUCCUCGGGGGAAAUAAAACUGGUUUUUUGGUUUUUUCGGUUGGUAACUUUUGUUUUAUUUUGCUUUAAAAAGUAAUUUUUAAUAGAAUGGUUCUGAGCUCAUUAGGGAUCAAGUUAAUGCAUAUAUCAUGAGGGAUGAGGUUGGGGUCGAACUCUCAUAUCAUACUAUUAUGUAAAUAUUU